CCGAAGAGACAUACAAAAAUAUUUCAUGAUGAUACUACUACGUAGAGACGAAAAUUAACUACUUUUGGAUUUGAUUUGUUGGCCGUACCAUACACUGGGAUUACUAUAGGAUUGCAGAGUUGAAAUCCGAAACCGUUAAUUCAGAAAUCCUCUAUGAAUAUCGGCAUUUGCUCAGUUCCAUGAGCCAUGGUGCAUGCGAACCGACACAGCCAUGCUGCUGCCUCCGGGCUGAGUGACAUCAACUAUCAGAGCGGGACUCGAACUCCUUACCCCCGUCGCUACCAACACGAUUACCGGGACAGCUACUCUCUAUUCUCCGGAGUUUCCGAUGGACGUCGACGACAGAAAUCGGUGGGUUGGGAUUUUUCCGACUUGAACAGUACCGGAAGUACUCGUUUUGACUAUAUCAGUGAUGGCUAUGCACGUGCGCCCGCUAGUAGAGGCACACGUGUCCGGUACAGGUACACGCCAGUUGAGCCUCUUUAUGGUCGGAAUACGUACGUGAAGCCUCACCAGGUUCACGACAGUGACUUGGAUGACGGGAAGAAAUUAUUCUCGACGCGCGCGACAUCUAUGGCAACCAGAGGUCGUCGGCCGACGGUAUGACGAGUCGGCUGCUUGGACUAGGUCGAGCUUGAGGAAUGGUGGUCACCAUUAUCAAAGGGUACCGCAAGGCAAUACUUACAGAGACAGACAUGAUUCAGCAGGGGUGGAUAACUCCCCUCCGAGACUUGAUUACGUACCGCGGGAAAAGAAGUCAAGCGAAGACGACGAAUCCGUUGAUUAUGUUGUGGACAAGUGUUGUUGUGGUUGUGUAGACGUCGUGGUGACGUCAUGCUGUUGGGGGGCAAGCGUCGUGACGUGUCGUUGUCACGACGCCUCCAGUGAGGAAAGCGAAUCGGCUUCAGACACAACGGAGAGUGUAAUAGAGGAAACACAUGAGAAAAAAUAUGAUGAAGACGAUGAUGAUGAUGAUGAUGAUGAUGAUGAUGAUGAUGAUGAUGAUGAUGAUGAUGACGACGACGAUGAUAAUGACGAAGACGAAGACGAUAACAAACGAUGGGCGACACCCCGCCGUAGGCCUCCUGCAGUGAUGUCACCAUCACGACCACAAAUUAAACCUAAAUCUGUCGCUACUAAACAGGUCAAAUCGAGUCCAAAAGAUCCAAAGAAUUACGAGGAAUAUUCUACAGACGAUUCGUCAGAGUUGUCCGACUCAUCAGAGAAUCUCACGUCCGUCCAUUCUUGUCAUGACACACCUCCACCGGACACAAAAAACGACAAAAAAGUCACAAGGAGUACACGGAAGAUAUUUCUAAGAGAAAAAGUCGAGCUGGAAAUCGAACCCAAACCCACAGAAAGUACACCUGUUGUCUUUCUUCCUAAACCUCCCAAGCCACCGGAAGUAAAACCACAGCCACAAAGAGCCAAAGUUCUGAAAUAUAUUGGUGAGAAACCUAAACUGGACAAUUAUAAGACCGCUAUACUCUCCGAUAUUGAUCCUACUGAAGGUCCAUUUGUUGAUAGCGUUGGGGAUCGUCCACUUCACAUACAGGAUACAGUUCAUCGCGAACGGGAACUCAUCAUGUACAAACCGGAACCGGAAAUACCCCCUCCAUACAAACAUAAACCGAUUCCACCGCGUCCUAUGUUUCCAUUAAAGAACUUACCAAAACGUGAGGCAGUGAUGGUCCGUGUUGGCGGGGGAUGGAUGAAUGUGGAACAUCACCGAAAGAGGCGGAUACCGUUACAGAUCAACGAACACCACCGAAGUGUAUCGAACGACAAGUAUUUGACAAUCAAGUCAAAGUUUACGCCUUACAAAGAAUAUAUACCCGUUGCAUAUACCAAAUAUCGAGACAAGGCAGUGUGGGAGAAAAAGAAAGAAACUUAAACCGAUUCGAAGCGCACAAAGUAUUAUUUAUAAAAUAUAAAAUUUAAAUGCCCUCCACGUAUCCGGGUUCCCCUUGUGUCAUACCGACUAGUGCUUUGAUGUUACUGAUUUAGCGGUUUAUAAAGAUUUAGGAUUAGGCUUUUCGUUCAUCACUGACCUUGGUUUUUUUAAGUUAAAGGAUAAAAACUUGGUCUCGUUUGUUUAGGAAGCCUCAUAUAACAUGUAUACUCUCACAUUGCUUAGUUCCAUAUGUUAUUGCUUUUGGUUCGAAAUUAGACCAAUGUGUCUUUUCGAAUUUAUUGUUUCUUUGAAUAAACUACUUGAUGCAGAAA